ACAGGUAUUAGAGAGAGCCCUAAUUUCCCUAUAAAUAUAGCUUAUAACCCAAACCAAUUCAAUAAAUUCACAGCCUCAUUAGUAGUAGCACGAGAGAGAUAAACCGGAAUGGCGUUGCCCAACCAACUUCUUCUUCUUCUUGCUUUUCUUCUUUCACUAUCAUUAUUCUCCACAAACCAUUCGUCGCCGGCGGCGGCGGCGAGCGUCAACGCCGGAACCACAAACGCCGACUUCAUCAAAACAUCCUGCGAAUCGACGACGUACCCGCAUCUCUGUUACGCCUCCCUGUCGAGCCACGCGAGUGAGAUCGGAGCCGACCCGGAAAUUCUCGCCCAGACGGCCCUGACGGUAGCCGUCCAGAGCGCCAACUCGACCGCCGCCGCCCUGUCCAGAAUGGCGGCGCAGAGCUUCAACUUCACGCACCGGGAGGCCGGCGCCAUGCGGGACUGCCUGGAGGAGCUCCGGGAUUCCGUCGCCCAGAUCAGGAACUCGAUGAAGGAGAUGAAGCAGCUCGGCGGCCACCUCAGCGGGCCGGAGUUCGCCAUGAAAAUGAGCGACGUCGAGACGUGGGUCAGCGCCGCCUUGACCGACCAGGACACCUGCUCCGACGGAUUCGCCGGAAAAGCGCUCGACGGCAACCUGAAGACGGCGGUGCGGCAGUUGAUACGGAAGGUGGCGCGUUUGACCAGCAACGCUUUAGCUCUCAUCAACAGCUUCGCCGCUCACCACCAGUGAGUUGUAGUAGUCUUUGAAUUCCACUACUCAUUGUUGUGACAUAAAAAAAUUAAUUGGAAACAAAGUCAAUCUUUAUUCAUAAUUAAUUGAUCAUUACAAUUUUUAUUUACAUUAGAAGUGAAAUGAAUGUAAAUAUGAUUUAUAUUAGCAUUCAUUCAACUUUUGAUGAAUUUUAAAAAUUAUGAUGAUCAGUUAAAUAUGAAGAAAAGAAGAAUACUAUACAAAAAAAGUGUGUAUUUUUACAAGGUAUUAAGAAGCUACUAGAAUGGUGACAUGGAUGUGAUAAAUGAUGCAUAUGUGUCUCGUUUUCUAGUGUGGUAACAUGGUGCAGUGUGUAAUUCCAUCCACUAAUUUGUGAACAUUUUUCAUUGUGUGAUUAUUGUAAUAGAGUAUUGGCUUUGAAACAAACUUGUAUAUAGCAUAUUUAAGAAGAAAAUUUGGGAAACACA